AUGUUGGCCGUCGUGCAACCGUACUGUGCAUCGCCUGAUGUCGCCCAUCGAGCCCGAUCGACUCUCGCUUCUGCACCCCCCUCCUCCGUCCCUUCUUCCCGAUCACUCAGCAGCAACCUGGCAUCGUCCCACCCACCGUCGCUCCAGCGACACCAGACAGCACCGCCAGCGUCAACGCCCUCCAGCUCAUCGUCGUCCGCAGCGACCACCUCCACCGCAACCCCGCCGGCCAAGCCACCAUUACCCGCCUCUCCACCCCCGCACUCGGCGGACAGUGCCCCCUUCGACAUCCAUUCUUACCCCCCCACCGAGCUGCUCAAGCUCCUCGCCCUCAUCCUCACCCACAUCGCAACCACCAAUGACCACAUUGCACCCAACUCCUCCGCCUCCUCCGCCCACGCCCCGCCCCCGCCCGACCCCAUAGACGCCCCGCCCAUAUGGCACUCCCUCACCACCGCCUCGCGCGGCGCCAUAUCCACCCCAGCGGCGACCCUCACCUUCCACGCCCGGAACAUUCCCACCAUCUCCCUCGAGGCCUACCUCCUGCGCAUCCUCAAGUACUGCCCGACCUCCAACCACGUCUUCCUCUCCCUCCUUGUCUACUUCGACCGCAUGUCCAAGCUCAGCCAGGAGGCCGUCGGCAGGCCCUUCGUCAUCGACUCGUACAAUAUCCACCGGCUCGUUAUCGCCGGCGUCACCGUCGCGAGCAAGUUCUUCAGUGAUGUGUUUUAUACGAACUCGAGAUACGCCAAGGUUGGCGGCCUCCCCCUCCCAGAGCUCAACCAGCUCGAACUCCAGUUCCUCCUCCUCAACGACUUCCGGCUCGUCGUCUCUAGCGCCGACAUGCAGGACUACGCCGAGCAGCUUAUUUUGUUCUCCAAGUCGUCGACGGCGUCGUCGCUCCCGCUCACGAAUGUGAAUGGGCAUACGAAUGCGACUACGGCGGUGCCGAGACCGACGGUGGUUAAUGGGCAUCAAGUCCAUCCGCAUCCACACCACCAUCAUCAGCAUGGGACGCAGCAGCAUGUGGCACAGCAAGGGAACAUACACCCCUCCGCGUCCUCGUCCUCCUCUACGCUCAACUCGGCUACGAGCUCGAACUCGUCAAGCUCGUCCGGGUCGUCUGCACGGACUGUGACGCAUACGCAUACCAACCCGCAUCCACAUGCACAUCCAAACCCCCACCCGAACCCGAACCAGGCGAAGACGCCAGUCGUCUCGUCGACUACACCCUCGUUGGCCUCCAUACCGGUUUCAGGUUCGACGUUAGCCCCGACAUCGUUACCCGCCUCGACCUCAAAUUCCUCAAACUCAUCUUCCUCAUCCUCGUUGUCAACGUCUUCGACGCAGUCGAUCAUGCACCCGUCACAUCCGCAGGGCCAUGUAAGCUUCGCGCAGGCGCCGGUUGGGAGUCUGGCGGGGAGGAUGCACCGCGCGGUAGCAGGAAAUGAGGGUGUGGGUGGACAGGUGUAUGCGUACCCCCUCGCGACACAUGGGCAGUAUCCGACGAGCACGAUAUCGGCGUUCUCACAACCGCCGUUACACUCGAGCUCGAGCUUCCAACAUCCACAUCCGCCGCCUAUGAUGCGCUCCCAACAGCAGCAGCAACACCCACCCCCACCGCCGCCUCCGUUGCAUUCCCAUUCGCAACUCCACCACCUCCAUUCCGCCGCCCAGCCCCAAUUCUCUCAUCCCCUCUCCUCACACCCCCUUUCUUCACAUCCAACGAACUUAUCACAUCCGAACGCCCUCCACCCGCAAGGCCUCUUCGUCCCCCUAUCAUCGUCCUCUUCCUCUUUCCCCCCGUCCGUAUCACCCGCCCCCUCGUCCGAAGACGAGGACCCCGCAAAUGACGACCCUUCUAAUGAUGACGCCUCCACAGACGCCGGGACGGAUGCGGGCACAGACGCGGGCACGGACACGAGCACGAGCACGGAGGACGAGCCGACGGUGCGCGGGCCGCCGACUGUCGUUGGUGGGUUUGGGGACGUUGGGUUUGGGGAUGGUGGGAGGAGGUUUUGGGAAGGGAGAGGGAGAGGGUGGAGCGAGGGGGAUGGAGAUGGGGAUGAGAGGAUGGGGAGUCCUUAG